GUUAAAUAAUUACAAUUCACAAUUUAAGUCCCUUCCUGGUCGUCUGUUGAAAUAACUUAAUAAACGAAAUGAAAUACUGAGUAUAGAUGUCAGACGUGCCAUGCACAGAAAUGUAAUAACUUUUCUCUUUUAUUAGGAUGUAUUUUUGAACGCUUAUUUUAAAAGAUUACGUUAUAACAAUUAUUUGAAUGCAAUGCGGGAGAAUACCGGAAAACAGUCACACACUUUAAUGUUAUAACAUCCCUUUUAUCCACGAAGUGUGCAACAGUAUUGCUCUACCCAGUGAACUGCCUACCUAGACAGCAGUUUUAGGAAGAAUAGGUGCUUUAUUCAUAAUGGGAAUGUACCUGUUGAACUCGUGAUGCCUAAAAAUGCUGUCUAGUUAAGCAGCUAACUGGCUGUGUAAAAGCGGCACAUACAGUAAGUGUACAUGUCAACUGGAUUUAAUUGUCUAAAUGGGUGCCUUACUUAUUUCUCAUAAGAAGAAAAUUGUAUUGGUUAAUGUAUGAUGUUCAUAAACUUUUGUGCCUUUCAAAUGUCACAAAGCUGAAAGGUUUAUAGUUUAGUUUAACCAGUACUAACUUUCUAACAUUUUAUUUUCUAAAAUGGCAUUUAAUGCUAAUAUUUCUGGAAAUAUCCAGUUUGCAAUAAUCAAUUUACUUGACAAACCUAGUAAAUAUUGGUACAAAUUGGUAAAAAUAAAUAAAUAAUAAAAUAUUUUUAAAUCUAUGGUAUGUUUUCAUGGUAACAUUUUACAUGAUCCAUCUAUCUUCAGGUCAAAUCUUAUGUCACUAAAAUUAUAGAACAUUAUAGGGAGAGAAUAAAUGAGAAAAAGAGAAACUUGGAUAUUAACAUAUUGCAUUAUUGCAUUAAGAAAGAAGAUGCAAAUAAUUAUAUAUAUAUAUAUAUAUAUAUAUAUAUAUAUAACAUCAAACAAGCAAACAUACUGUGUAUAUACACACACACAUAUACAUAUACAGUGCCCUCCAUAUGUAUUGGAACAGGAAAGACAAAAUUGCUUUCUCUGCUGUGGAGUCAAGACAUUUACAAAUGUGAUUAAAAGAUGAAUAUGUGACAAAACUACAGAAUGACACAUUUUAUUAUUCGGUCUUUCGACACACACAUUUUACCAGAUAAAAAGGACAGCACUUUUAGAGAUCAUCCCGCUAUUUUAUGUGAGCAUAAGUAUUGGAGCAGUUGAAUUUAAGGCAGAUGUAAAAGAUUAAAAGCUAAUAUUUAGUUGCAGAUCCCUUGAAUGCAAUCAGAGCAGUGAGUCUGCAACCCAUAGACAUCACCAGACUCUUGGUCUUAUCCUUUGAAAUGCUUUCCCCAGCCUUUAAUUCAGCCAGUUCCAACUGUUGCUCAUUUUGGAGAGUUUCUGUCUUUAUUCUCCUCUUCAGAUGGUGAAAUUAAUGUUCAAUCAGAUUUAAAUCUGGAGACUGAUUUGGGCAAUCUAAGACUUUCCAUUUCUUUGCCCUGAUAAAGUCCUUGACUGAACUGGCAGGGUGUUUUGGGUCAUUGUCCUGAUCCAAUAUGAAGUGCUUUCUAAUGAGUUUGGUGGCAUUUUAUUGAAUAUUGCUAGACAAGAUGAUUUUGUACCCUUCCAAAUUCAUUCUGCUACUGCAUGUCCAUGCCAUGACACCUACAUCAUGCUUUACAGAUGAGGCUGUAUGCUUGGGAUCAUUUGCAGUUCCCUUUUUUCUCCACACUUUUGCUUUCCAAUCACUUAGAUAAAGGUCAAUCUUUGUCUCCUCGGUUAAUCAACUCAGUUCCAAAACUCUACUGGCUCACAUUUGGGAAGAAUCUUGCCUUUCUAUUUUUGGUGCUGAUCAGAGGUUUGCAUCUUGCUGUGUAGCUUCUGUAAUUCUCCUGCGGACUGUAGAUUGACAUGAUUCAUUUUCACAGUUUUUAUGAUUUGUCUGUCAUUAAUUACUGUUGUUUUUCUCAGCCGAUCAGGUCAUCGUUGGUUGCUGAUGUCGCCGGUAGUUUCCAAACACUUGACUUCUCCAUGCCCUUUGUUUUUCCUAUAGUUCUAAUUGACUUCUUCUUUACUUUUAGCAUCCAAGCUGUUUGCUUUUCUUCCAGAGUUGGCUUCCUAGUCUUCAUCCUGGUUUGUGUGUGUCAUUAUCGAAUGCAAAAGCAAUGGAUAUCUCUGAUACGACACAUUCCCUGAUUUUAAUAUCUGAAGAAUAAAAACAACAAGACACAGUUGAACACUUAGAAAGAGCUCACCACCAUCCUCAUGAUGAACUUUGAGGGUCUGGACCCGGGUUUGGGCGAGUACACGCCUGGCCUGCAUGGCGGCCUGGAGCCCGGUCUGGACUCUUCAAUGGACCCGCGGCUCGACCCAUCAUUGCUGCAGGGCGUGGACCUCGACCCUGACGCGCUGGCUGUUCCCGUCUCUGAAUCCAUGCACAUAUUGGAGGGCAUGUACUCGGAGCUGCACAGCGUGGCUGCUGAAGUUGGGAUCCCUGUGACAGCAACACAUUUCGAUCUGCAGGAAGAGCUGCUGUGGAUGGGGAACCACCGGGGACAUGCAAGUUCCUUCUUUGGUACCACAAUGGGCCGCUACUCCUCUUUCCAGGUGCACAUGACCGAUGAUAUUCGCCACAUCCAGAGUAUGGACACAGGGGUGCUGUUUCUGACCAAAAACAACCUCAAAUGCCUCACGCGAGGAGGUUUAAUUAUGUUUGAUUAUACAACAGAGGAGGGUGCUGACAUGCACAGUUUGAUUCUGACCGAUAAUAACACAUUAUUAAUGGGGGGUCUGCAGAACUUUGUGACUGAAUUGGACCUCACAACAGUACAGGAAACACAAAAAUUCACUGUUGAGGUGCCUGGAGUCGCCAUCAUGAGACACUCCAACCGCUUCUUCUUUUGUGGUCACACAUCUGGCAAGGUUUCUCUGCGUGAUCUACGAACAUUUAAAAUGGAGUACGAGUUUGACGCGUUCUCUGGCAGUCUGUCUGAUUUCGACGUAAACGGUAACCUGUUGGCAGCGUGUGGCUUCUCAAGCCGUGGCCUGAAUGGAAUGUCAUGUGACCGGUUCCUCAUGGUGUACGAUCUGCGCAUGAUGAGGGCCAUCACCCCACUGCAGGUCCACGUGGAUCCCCUUUUCCUCCGCUUCAUCCCCACAUACACCUCCCGCCUGGCUAUCAUCUCACAGACAGGUCAAUGUCAGUUCUGCGAGCCCACCGGCCUGGCCAAUCUGGCUGAUAUCUUCCACGUCAACACUGUGGGGCAGCUGCUGAUGAGCUUUGAAGUGUCCUCCAGCAAACAGGCGCUCUCCUUUGGGGACUCUGGUGGCUGUGUGCACCUGUGGUCCAGCGCCCCAGAGGUGUCCUUUAACAGUUACUCCAGGGAGACUGAGUUAGCUCUGCCCUGCCUGGUGGACUCUCUGCCCCAGCUGGACUGGAACCAUGAGCUCAUGCCUCUGUCUCUUCUACCCAUGUCCCUCACCAGCACAGAGCCCCUGCUCUCUGAUUGGCCCACCUCCUUUAUCAUGCCCAGCCCCAGACGGGCUCCUCCAGUAGAUCCAGAGAUUCUCAGGACUAUGAAAACCGUGGGCUUUAUUGGAUACGCCCCCAAUCCUAGAACCCGUCCCAGAAACCAGGUUCCUUAUAAGAUUAAAGACACUGAGCUUGAGUAUGACAGCUAUAAUCAGGUCCCGGAAUCUCCUAUUGGUCGAGAUGAGGAGCCGCAUCUUUACAUGGUUCCAAAGAAAUACAGGAAGGUCACCAUUAAAUAUUCCAAACUGGGACUGGAAGACUUUGAUUUUAAGCAUUAUAACCGGACUUUGUUUGCUGGUUUGGAGCCUCACAUACCCAACGCUUACUGCAACUGCAUGAUCCAGGUGCUGUACUUCCUGGAGCCAGUCAGGUGCCUGGUACAGAAUCAUUUGUGUCAGAAGGAGUUCUGUUUGGCCUGUGAGCUGGGAUUCCUUUUUCACAUGCUGGACUUGAGUAGAGGAGACCCCUGCCAGGCCAGUAAUUUUCUCCGAGCUUUCCGGACAAUCCCGGAGGCGUCUGCUUUAGGUUUGAUCCUGGCUGACUCUGAUGAGCAAACAGGGAAAGCCCGCCUAGGCCGUCUCAUCCAGAGCUGGAACCGUUUCAUUCUUGCACAGCUGCACCAGGAAACACUGGAGCAGGAAGGGCCCCAGGCAUACCGAGGAGCCAGCAGCAGCACGCUGGGUUCCUCGGGGGAGUCUGUGAUUGGCCGGUUGUUUGGCUGUGAAGUGGAGAACAGCAGUUUGUGUCGCUGUGGAAAGGAGACGGUUCGCUCCUCCUUGACUCUGCUGUUUACCAUGCACUACCCUGAGCAGAGCUCUCCAGAUAAGACGAUAGAGGAAUAUGACUUUGCAGAAAUCCUAAAGAAGAGUAUAUGUCUGGAGCAAAGCACACAGGCCUGGUGUGACAACUGUGAGAAAUACCAGCCAACAGUGCAGACCAGGAACAUUCGCUGUCUGCCUGAUGUUCUGGUGAUCAACUGUGAGGUGAACAGCGCUAAGGAGGCAGAGUUCUGGAAAGCACAGACUGAGUAUGCGUACAACAAAGCUCUAAAGAAAGAAGCAGCCGAACCUCCCAAACCCAAAGAGCCUUUACCGACAGAAUGGUGUUUAGAGGAAGAGCUGUGCAGCGUGGAGGGCUUGACCUUUGACACUCAAGCGGAGGACAUGAGGCACGUGUGGAUCCCUCUCAGUCUGAAGAUGUGCAUCAGUAAGACUCAGGGCCUGGAGGUCAGCAGCCUGUCUGAGGGAGAGGAGCUGACUGAAAGUGAAGAGGCAGAAGGAGCGUCUGUCUAUGACCUGGUCGUCACUGUAUCUCAUAUCCAGGAUGCUCGGACCGGAGGAAACCUGGUAGUGCAUAUCAAAGUGGGCGAGACCUACCAUCAAAGGAAAGAGGGAGUAACACACCAACAGUGGUAUCUGUUCAAUGAUUUUCUGAUUGAGCCCAUUGAUAAGGCAGAAUCAGCUCAGUUUGAUAUGAACUGGAAGGUUCCUGCUGUACUUUACUACGUCAAGAGGAACUCCCAUCCCAAGUAUGAUUUGCGAAUUAAGAACCCUAUUGAUGCCAGCGUUCUGCUGACCGAAGCCUCGCUGGCACGGAAACAGAGGAAGAGUCACGCCACCUUCAUACCUCUAAUGGUGAGCGAGAUGCCGCAGGCUGCAGACCUUGUUGGAUUGGAUGCAGAAUUUGUCACGCUCAACCAGGAAGAGGCAGAACUGCGCAGUGAUGGGACCAAGUCCACCAUUAAACCCAGUCAGAUGUCUGUUGCUCGUAUCACAUGCGUGAGAGGCCAGGGACCCAAUGAGGGAGUGCCGUUCAUUGAUGAUUACAUAUCAACACAGGAACAGGUGGUGGACUACCUGACCCAGUAUUCUGGUAUCAAACCUGGAGACCUGGAUGCAAAGAUUUCCUCCAAACAUUUGACUACUCUGAAAUCCACAUAUUUGAAAUUGCGAUUUCUUAUUGACACCGGCGUUCGCUUUGUCGGCCACGGGUUACAGAAAGAUUUUCGGGUCAUAAACCUGAUGGUUCCAAAAGAACAGGUGAUUGACACCGUCUACCUCUUCCACAUGCCUAGGAAACGAAUGAUUUCUCUGCGUUUCCUUGCAUGGUACUUUCUCGAUCUGAACAUUCAGAGCGAAACUCAUGACAGUAUCGAAGAUGCACGGACUGCCCUACAGUUGUACAGGAAGUACUUAGAGCUGAGUCAUAACGGAGGACAAGAAGAGUUCCGGAAGGUUCUCAAGGCUCUCUAUGAGAAAGGACGCAAGCUAGACUGGAAAGUGCCGGACAUUGACUCUGCAGAUGGUCAAGGUACAGCCGUGUUUCCCUCUGUGAUGGGGUUAUGAUUUGACCUGUGCUGGUUAUAUUCCUGCCAAACAGAUGCCAGCUCAGCAGUCAUUUAUUGCACAGCCUUUUAGUUCUCCUCUAACAGCUCUUGAGCCAAAUGACACCUCUUAAUAAGUAUGUGUCAUUAUCUGUAGAUGGCCAAUCUGAAAUAAGGCUUGUUAUUCUGUGUUAGAAAUGUCUGUAUUGUUAUGAAGAAAAAAAAAACGGUUGGAAUCAAAGCAAAUCUUAAAACAUUUCAUCAUGUCAGGGUUUUCUCCUCUGCUUUGAGUAGCCUGUAAGUGGUAUUAAGAAGAAAGGAACAAGAAAAAAAAAAGUUGAAACUCAUUAACCAAGUGUUUGUUUGCGCGUGACACCACGGUGGCUUUUUCACCAAGGUAUUUAUGUUGGGUCAAAAACUGCACUUAUACAGAACAUGAAUUACUGCACAGAGAAUAUUACUUGAGCAGUCAAUGGAUUUACAGUGUUAUUUUCUAUAUUGUAACGAUGUACACUUUCAUAAUUUGGCAGCUGAAUAAAGGCUUUUGGAUAAA